AUGGUGGCUCCAUUUCAUCGAUCCUUUUCCGACGAGAAUCGCAUCGUCUCGCCGACCACUGCACAGCUGACACGUGGAGCAUCAGUAGGAGGAGCAGUCGGAGGAGCAGGAGCGUCGGUCCCAGCAGGCGCCCUUGCACCAGUGCGUGUAGCUCACGGUCCUAUCUAUCCCACUGCUAGUGGGUAUGCUACUAACGGGGACGGGAACUCUGGGGGCUUGCGGGGUUCCCUGGGGAGCGGAGGCGGCAGCGCCAGGGCGCUUUCAAGGUCCAGCAGCGGGGCAGUUAAUAACGCGGAUGGAGUGGGUACUGUUAGUAACGGAGAGGCGGGGAGCGGGAGGAGGCUAAGGCGCGUGGAAAGCGGGGAGGGGAGCGGGAAGCAGCACUGGUCCGGUACAAGCAGCAGCGCGCUCUCUGCUUAUAACGAAACGCCUCGCGCCUGGGGAAGCCACGUGUCCGGCAAUGGUGACAACAGCGGGGGCGCCAUUCUCGAGCUGGGUGACUAUAACGACCAGGUCCCCCCAUCCCCGUUCCCAGACCCUAUCAAGGAAGAGGAAGCUUCCGUGGAAGGCAGGAAUGUUCCUAUGCCGGAUGUGACUCUAGAAGAAGAGCUCUCUGAGUCUCUUAUGCCGCUCAAGUGGGUGUUCUUCCCCGAAGCAGACCCCAUUCAGCAGUUUCGCGGAAAGCCGUGGCGGGAGAAGAUCUGGGUGUUUCUUAAGGGCGUGUUCCCAAUCCUCGCAUGGCUUCCGGAGUACGACUGGCGGUACUACCUGCUUGGUGACAUUAUCGGAGGCGUUUCCAUCGCUAUCAUGUCCGUUCCCCAGGACGUCUCAUACGCCAAGUACGCCAACAUGCCUGCCGAGUUCGCUCUCCGCACCAGUUUCAUCCCGCCGCUGCUCUACGCCAUACAGGGUUCCUCCAAGCACCUCGUCGUCGCGCCCGUGUCUGUCAUCUCUCAGCUGCUCGGCACCUCCGUCAGCGCGCUCGCCGACCCCGCCACCGACCCGGCGCUCUACACCAGCCUCGUUGUCACUGCUACCUUCUUCUGUGGCCUCUUCCAACUCAUCAUGGGGCUCUGCCGGUUCGGUUUCCUGGUGGAUUUUCUGAACCAGCCAACCAUUGUAGGGUUCCUGUCAGGGUGCUCCCUCACCAUCGCUAUUCAGCAGCUGAAGCUCAUCCUGGGGUACAAGGACUUCACGCUCAGCACGAGCAUCGUCAACAUCAUUGCCGCUAUUGUGCAAUACAGCUACCAGUUCCAAUGGAAGGCGUUUGUCAUGGGAAUGUCAUUCUUCCUCUACCUCUCCACGGUGCGCCUGCUGGUGUAUCUCAAGCCCAAGAACAAGGUCUUCUAUUAUCUGAACGCCCUCGGCCCCCUCACCUCCAUCCUCGUCUCCACCAUCAUUGUGGCAGCUGCAGGGCUGGCAGACAAGGGCAUUCCCACUAUAGGGAAGAUUGCCACAGGGCUGCACGGCGCUUCCUCCAUCUCCUACCUCAACUUCUCACGGGAGUACGUUGCUGACGUGGCCACUGUCGGCUUCAUCGCCUGCCUCGUCUGCCUAGCGGAAUCAGUGGGUAUCGCCCGUACCUUCGCCAGCCUCUAUGGUUACCACAUCGAUGGUAACAAAGAGAUGGUGGCCUAUGGUUCAAUGAACCUGGUCGGCUCCUUCACCUCCUGCUACGUGGCAACAGGUUCGUUCUCCCGCACGGCGGUCAACAUGCUAGCGGGCGCAAGGACAGCGCUCACACAAGUCAUCAUGGCGCUACUCAUGCUCCUCGUGCUGCUCGUCGCUGCCCCGAUCUUCAAGAACGUUCCCAAUUGUGUGGUAGGAGCAGUCAUUGCCAAUGCUGCCUUGAACCUGGUAAGCCGCCAAUCAAAAGGUCGCCAUCCUCCUCUCCCUCAUCAAGAUCCUCCUGCGCUCGUCGCCUGCUCGCCCUCCUUCCCCCACACUGACCUCCUUCCCUCCUCUUCCAACCCCCUUUCCCCCCUCCCCCUCCCCUUCUCCCUCCUUCCCCCCCGUUCCCAGCUGGAUUUCCACGCAGCCUGGUCCCUGUGGAGGGUAGACAAGAUGGAUUUCCUGGUCAUGUCGGGCUGCUUCCUCGCCAUCCUUUUCGGCUCCCCCGAGAUCGGCCUUCUAGUCGCCAUCCUCCUCUCCAUCAUCAAGAUCCUCCUGCGCUCCCUCCGCCCGCACAUCCGCCUGCUGGGACUGCUCCCCAACGCCGCCGCUACAGCCGUGAGCGUGCUGCAGUUCCCCAACAGCGCGCUGUGCGAGGGGAUCGUGAUGCUGAGGGUGGAGAGCCCGCUGUAUUUCCCCGGAGCGAAUUUUGUGAGGCAGCGCGUGAAGAAGCUGUGUGACGCUUACGCGAGGGGUUACCAGCAGCCAGUCAAGCACUGCGUGUUGGAUCUAUCAGUGAUGCAUGACAUUGAUGUGACGGCCAUUGAGGCCAUGAGGGACCUUCACCGCGAUCUCACACAGAUGGGCAUCCAGCUGUGCCUGGCGAGUGCCAACAGGGACGUGCUGCGCAAGAUGUUUGACGCACAACUACUCGCAGAGAUAGGUGCAGAGGUGGGUAAUGCUGGAAGCUCGGCCGUGCUGUGGCGCCCUUUCAGCUUGCUGCCCAAGGGAUCUGCUGCCAAGGAGAGAGGAGCUGUUGAACGAAGUGCGGAAAAUUGA